AUGAAUCACAUGGGCGGCAGCAUGGGGGACCUCUCGAAGGCCACCUUGCACAACAACUCCCUCUGGUGGCUGGCUUGCGGCCUCCUGGCCCUGCUGGCCAACUCCUGGAUCAUCCUGAGCAUCACUGCCAAGCAGCAGAAGCACAAGCCCCUGGAGCUGCUGCUGUGCUUCCUGGCGGGGACGCACAUCCUCAUGGCCACCGUCCCGCUCACCACCUACGCGGUCGUGCAGCUGCGCAGCGAAUCCCCGGACUACGACUGGAACGAGAGCAUCUGCAAGGUCUUUGUCUCCACCUACUACACCCUGGCCUUGGCCACCUGCUUCACAGUGGCCUCGCUAUCCUACCAUCGGAUGUGGAUGGUCCGGUGGCCGGUCAAUUAUCGCCUCAGCAACGCCAAGAAGCAGGCGCUACACGCUGUAAUGGGCAUCUGGAUGGUCUCGUUCAUCCUCUCCACGCUGCCAUCCAUCGGCUGGCACAACAACGGCCAACAGCGUUACUACGCCAGCGGCUGCCAGUUCAUUGUCAGCAAGAUCGGGCUGGGCUUUGGCGUCUGUUUCAGUCUGCUGCUUCUUGGGGGCAUCAUCAUGGGCCUGGUGUGCGUGGGCAUCACUUUCUACCAGACCUUGUGGGUGCACCGGAGGAAUCGGUGCCAUCACCAGCGGGCGGACGAGGCUUCCUCCUCUUGCCCUGCUGCGGCUCACAACACCUUCAAUGUGCCAGCCAUUGUGGUGGAAGACGUCAGAGGGAAGCGGCGGUCAUCCCUGGAUGGGUCUGAAUCGGCCAAGACUUCCAUGCAGAUGACUAACCUUAUCAGCGCCAUCGUCUUCUUGUACGACACGCUGACUGGGGUACCUAUUUUGGUGGUGAGUUUCUUCAGCUUGUGCAACGACAGUGCUCACACCUGGAUGGUGCUGGCUGUGCUCUGGUGCUCCAUGGUGCAGACGCUGCUUCUCCCGUCCUUCAUCUGGUCCUGUGAGCGCUACCGGGCAGACGUCCGUACGGUGUGGGAACAAUGUGUGGCAAUAAUGUCAGAGGAAGACGGGGACGAGGAUGGCACCGGUGACGAUUAUGGUGAUGGGAGGAUCUGCAAGGUGCGGUUUGAUGCUAACGGUGCUGCCGCUAUCAAACGAGACCCCAGAGACGCCAAGCUGUUGCCAGUGCAUCACAUGCUGUUGCCACAUGACAGGGUGCAUUAUCUGCAGGUCCCCCUCUCGCGGAGAAUGUCCCAUGACGAAACCAACAUCUUCUCCUCCCAUCGCUCCACCCUUUCCUUCCUUCACAAGUGGUCCUCAUCCGAUGACAUCCGAGCAGCCACCCCACUCAAACCUGGAGGCUCCCCUGGCUUUCUUCACCCAGAACUCCGCAACUACCAUCACCGCCGACGGCCUCCUGAAGACGAGCUCACCACACUGCGGCAGUUCUUGGAAGCUGGGCUGGCUGCCCAGGGAGCAGGCUCCAGUGCCUGCUUCUUCCGUGAUGAGAUCACCACCUUCAUUGACGAAACGCCAGCCCCCUCCCCGGUGGGCACUCCGCGCCACUCACGGCUCCCGUUCUCAGUGCAGCGGGAGAGGCAUCCGUCCUCGGGGGGUGCUGGGCCAGAAGAGGGCCCUGCCAGGGAUCGAAGGUCUUCACUGACUGGGGAGGAAAACCUUGACCUCUGCAGUGGGGAGCAGGGGCCUGGCAAAUGGACCAUGGCCACGCACGAGGCACAGAACUUGAGAGAGCUUAAUCUAUGA